CGCGUCACGUGGUGCGCCGCGCUCUCUCGCCGCUGCAUGGGAGGCUCCUACUUCAGGCUGUGGGAAGAUGGCGGAUGAGGGGCGGCUGGCGCUCAGUCUCACCGGCACUCUCCCACCUCCGCCGGAGGAAGAUGGACAGCCCGUCGCUAAAAAGCAGCGACUAGAUAUCACCCACGGCGGCCGGCCGGACCUUGCUCAGGAUGAGGCCACGCCGGCAGUCCCUGCACUCCGGGAGGUGGGAGAGGCCUCUGCAGAGCUAGCGGCCAAAUCCAGGGCGCAGGGCAGCUCGCCGCCUCCGGGCCUUCCUGCCGACAGGCGGCAGAUGGUGAUGUACCUGGUGCAGGGCGCGGAAGAGGAGGAGGAAGAUGGGGAGGAAGCGGGGGAGCCGGCGGAUGGAGGAGCUAUGGAUUACGGAGGACCAGGAAUCCCAAUUAGUGUACCGCGUUCCCUUCGCUACAGCUGUGCUCGGCACAGGUUACUAUUCCCAAUCAUAGUCCACGUGGAUGAGAGCAUUCAUCUAGAUGAUGACCUUGCCGGUGGGUUUCAUUCAUGUGACAGUGAUGAAGAUGAUGGAGCUUCCCACGCCAGCUCCAGUGAUUGGACUCCAAAACCUUGUAUAGGUCCUUACACAUUCGUCCAGCGACACCUUAUGAUGGGUACAGAUCCUAGGACCAUAUUGAAGGAUCUACUGCCAGAAUCCGUUGCACCACCAGAUCUGGAUGACAUGACCCUAUGGCAGAUCGUAAUAAACAUACUCUCAGACCCACCAAAAAGAAAAAAACGCAAAGACAUAAACACAAUUGAGGACGCUGUGCGGCUCCUUCAACAAAGCAGAAAAAUAAUGGUGUUGACUGGAGCUGGGGUGUCUGUUUCCUGCGGAAUACCAGAUUUUCGAUCGAGGGACGGCAUUUAUGCGCGUCUUGCAGUGGAUUUUCCAGACCUUCCGAAUCCUCAAGCCAUGUUUGACAUUGAGUAUUUUAGAAAGGACCCAAGACCAUUCUUUAAAUUUGCAAAGGAAAUAUAUCCUGGUCAGUUCCAACCAUCUCUCUGCCACAAAUUUAUCGCCAUGUUGGACAAAGAGGGAAAAUUGCUUAGGAAUUAUACUCAGAAUAUAGAUACACUAGAACAAGUUGCAGGAAUUCAACGAAUUAUACAGUGCCAUGGAUCAUUUGCCAUGGCAUCCUGCCUAAUAUGCAGACACAAAGUUGACUGUGAAGCUGUCAGAGAGGAUAUAUUUAAUCAGAUUGUUCCACGAUGUCCGCGGUGUCCAGCAGAUGAGCCUCUCGCCAUUAUGAAGCCUGAUAUUGUUUUCUUUGGGGAGAAUUUGCCAGAGCAGUUCCACAGAGCAAUGAAGUAUGACAAGGAUGAGGUUGAUCUUCUUAUUGUUAUUGGUUCCUCAUUGAAAGUGAGACCAGUUGCUUUAAUACCAAGUUCAAUACCACAUGAAGUGCCUCAAAUAUUGAUUAAUCGGGAGCCAUUGUCUCACCUACAUUUUGAUAUUGAACUUCUUGGAGAUUGCGAUGUUAUUAUUAAUGAGCUGUGUCAGAGACUGGAAGGAAAGUAUGCAGACCUUUGUGCAAAUUCCCUGAAACUCGCGCAAAUCACAGAAAGACCACCUCGACCAAUCAGAGUGCUUUCCAUCUUGCCAGAAGCUACACCAGCUAAACCCUUACAUACUGGGCAGGAUUCAUUUGCUGAGGAUAGGUUGGCUCACCCAGAACUACCACUGACUCCACCGCUUGAGGACUGUCAGUCAUCAGAAAGUGACACUGAACUAUUUCACACCUGUACAGGAAAAAUGGCUGUAUUUAAAGCUGAUGGCAGGGCUGUGAUAACACAGCUAGAGCCUUCAGAACCAGUCAAUGAGACCUCAGUCAGCAAUGGUGAAGAGAAAGAGAGCAGUAUUCAUCCAUCCAAGACUACUUUGUCGAGCAAGCUAACAAAGGAGCAGAUAAGCAAGUGUUUAGAUGACACGCAGUAUCUAUUUUUGUCCCCAAAUCGUUAUAUUUUUCAUGGCGCAGAGGUUUUUUCUGAUUCUGAUGAUGACCUGUCCUCCAGUUCCUGUGGAACAAAUAGCAACAGUGAAUCUUUACAGAGUCCAAGCUUACAGGAACCUAUAGAAGAUGAUAGCGAGAAUGAAGAAUUCUACCGUAGUAAAUACGACCAUGACUCUGACUCAGAAAAUAGGGUAGGCUUUGAGGAAGAAUCCGAAGAAGUUGUACUAUAUGAAAACGAUGAGGUUUUAGGUAAUGACAGUACAAAAUUAUAAUAUAGACAUUGCCUUAAAAUCCACUAAACACCAGCAUUAAGAAUUUAAAACUGGACAUAAAAAGCAUGUGAAUAUGUGGACUCCAGCAUGCAAACCGACGGUAAUUAAACCUAAUAAAACACCGCAAAGUAAAUGGUCAUAGGAAUUUUUUUUUGGGGGGGGAUGUUUAUUUUUUUUUUUUUUUUUUUAAAGAGAAAUUUGUAUUCACACUAAACCAUUCUGUAAUUAUUUUUGUAUCUGGUCCGCUUUUUCUGUUUUUGCUUAGUGGUGGAAAUUCUUAUGCAGUAUUGUGGUUAAUAAUUUAUGUAUUAAGUACAUUUAUUGUUUAAAUUGAGAAAAUUAUUCUAAAAGAUAUUUAAGUGUAGGAUUUAAGUUAACGGAACAGCUAAAAUAGGCCAAAGACAAGUUUUUUUUUGUCACUUUCUUUAAUGUUUUUUUUUCUUUUUUAUAUUUGUUUUCAUAAUCGUGCAUUAACAGAUCAUAGAAUACAGUUUUACACCUUUCUUUCUGAACUUUUUUUUAUCAAGACAACUUUACAUUUUCUAGGAAACGCUUAUUUCUUGAUUAUAUAUUUCUCAGUAUUUUUGAGUUUUUUUUUUAAUGUAGUGUUAAAUAUUUGGAUUAGGAAUUUUUUUUGCCUUUUGUUAUUAAAAAAACAUAAAAAAAAACAUGUGCACACUGUUACUUACACACAAUACCAGUAAAACUGAAGCUUGGCUUUCUGCAUAAACGCACCUGUUCCCACAGUAGUCAUGUGAUGCCGCUUUUUUGGUUCAAUGUUUAAAUUGACACGUGUACAGUUUGUUUGUUGGGAAAACGUGCCUAAUUUAUUUUCUUUUGGUCUACAUUGUUUUGUAUGGGUGGGGAGAGCUCUGUCCCUCUAGUAGAAUUUGUUUCAAAGUGUAAUUUCAAUAAAAAAUUCUAUCAUA